CUGUCUUCUCCUUCCUCCUCUGUCCUCCUGUGUCCUCCUGUGUCCUCCUUCCUCCUCUGUCCUUCUCCUUCCUCCUCUGUCCUCCUCCUUCUUGUCCGGGUGGCGCUGUCUCUCCUGUCUCGCUUGGCAUCAUGGACAGUCUGGAGAAGCAGCUCGUCUGUCCCAUCUGUCUGGAGAUGUUCACUAAGCCAGUGGUCAUCCUGCCCUGCCAACACAACCUGUGCCGCAAGUGUGCCAACGACGUCUUCCAGGCGUCCAAUCCCUACCUGUCAACGAGGAGCGGCUCCACGGUGACGUCUGGUGGUCGUUUCCGCUGCCCGUCAUGCCGACAUGAGGUGGUUCUGGAUCGACACGGAGUGUACGGACUGCAGAGGAACCUGCUGGUGGAGAACAUCAUCGACAUGUACAAGCAGGGAAACAGCAGCAGACAGGUCCCCGAGGUGAAGCAGGAGCAGCCGAUGUGUGACGACCACAAAGAAGAACGCAUCAACAUCUACUGCGUCACCUGCAGCGUGCCCACCUGUUCACUGUGCAAAGUGUUCGGAGCGCACAAAGACUGCGAGGUCGCUCCGCUCGACAACAUCUUCCAGACACAGAAGGCUGAGCUCUCUGACUGUAUCUCCAUGUUAGUUGGGAACAAUGAGCGGAUUCAGGCCAUCAUCAGUCAGCUGGAGGAAACCUGCAGAGCCGUCGACGAGAACGGGCGUCGUCAGAAGUCAAAGGUGUGUGAGUCGUUCGAUCACCUGUUCGCCCUGCUGGAGGAGAGGAAAGGUGAGCUGACGCUGAGGAUCAGCUGUGAGCAGGAGGAGAAGCUGGACUACAUCAGAGGUCUGAGGAGGAAGCACAGCGAGCACCUGGAGAACGCCGCCAAGCUGCUGGAGACCGCCAUCCAGACGCUGGACGAGUCCGAGAUGGCCGUGUUCCUGCAGGCCACCAAACCUCUGCUGCAGAAGAUCGUGGAGAGCGCCGACACGUCUCACCUGGAUAAAAUCCAACAUGGCUACGAGAAGAUGGAGCACUUCAGGACGAACUGUGAGCGUCAGAGGAGAGCGCUGAUGAACGUCGACUUCAUCAAACUGGAUGAAGACGACGAAGACGAAGACGUGGAGGUCAGAGGGUCAACGACAGGAAGUCGAGUGGAGCAGCCACACGCUGCAGGACUCUCAGCCAAUCAGCAGCCUCCUCUGUCUCCCGUUCAGCCUCCCCCGCCCCCUCAGAGAACCUCUGAGGCCCCGCCCACCGCCACUUUGCAGACAAAAAGCCCCACCCCCUCAUCCAGCCAGGCCCCGCCCCCAAUGCCACUACCCAUCGCUGGCUCCACCCCUCAGUCUGAUCAGCAGAACGAGUCGGAGGACAAAGACGGACCCAAACAUGUUUUCUCCUUCAGCUGGCUCAACCAGAAGUGACACAAGAGACAGACAAGACACAGACGAGACACAGACAA